CUGUCACUUGACCGAAGCGCAUCCAACUGUCUAGACGAAAAACUGAUAACUGUCGAUUACACGAACCGUUUUCAACACAUCGCUAGAAAAUGGAGAGUCUUAAAGCCAAGGCCAGGUCAAGGAGGAAAUUGGUCGACGACUUACACAGGAAGAGUCACUUUGGAGUCCCAGAGGUGGAACGAUUACUCAAAAUGCACCAGAAAAAUGCAGGGACUCACGGAAAAUCUGACAAACCAAAAAUGGAAAGACAAAGAUUUGCAGAUCUGCUGUAUGAAGAAUUUAAAAUGACGGACGAUGUCUUGAUGGAUCGAAUUUUCCGAGCAUUUGAUGUUGAUGCAGAUGGCUAUCUAAGUGAUGAGGAAUGGGUGCUCGGAUUUUCUACGUUUCUAAAGGGUUCUCUAGAGGAAAAAAUGAAAUAUACGUUCAAAGUGUAUGACCAGAAUGCUGAUGGCUUUAUAUCAAGAGAGGAAAUGUUCCAGUUCCUGAAGAACUCGUUAGUGACACAACAAACAGAAGAGGAUCCUGAUGAAGGAAUCAAAGAACUUGUGGAACUCCUUCUGAAAAAGAUGGACGAUGAUCAUGAUUCCAAGCUUUCCUUGAAGGACUUUGAACAAGCUGUCCAAGAGGAACCCUUGUUACUAGAGCUGUUAGGACCAUGUCUACCUUCAAGAAAGUUCACUGAAAAAUUUCUAACCUUAAUUGGUUGUGACAACAGAUCAACGUGAUCACUGAAUCGUUUGAGCUGAUUUUUCAUCAACGGGGAUAAGCGACAUCAGCAAUGAAGCAAUACUGUGGUAUCAUCAUAUAAUAGAAAUAUUUGUGUGGACACAUGUUUUAACAAAGAACGUUUUUCAGAAAGUUCAUAAGUUAUAUUAUUAAUGUAUUCAUAAAGCUGAUUAUCUAUGAAAAAGCUUAAUUUUUUUGUUUUAAAAGUUAUUGAUUUAUUAAUCAAUAUUUAAAGUAGUUCCAAGCAGUCAAAAUAAUUAUUGAUUAAUAAAUGAUUUACGUACGUGUCAAGGAAUUAUUAAUUUAUCAGGUAAGGAGUUUAAAUUCAAACUUGUCAUGAAAAUAAUAAUCGAUUUAUCAAUUUAUAAAUUGAGUUGAAUUUGUAUGUCAGUAGAUUGAAAAUUUGGGAAAACGUAUUUUAAUCAAUUUAAAAUUGUGAUUGAUUUAAUAAUUUUUACCAAGCAUGUUUAAAGUCAUUCUGCCAUAUACCAGACUAAAACGUUUAAGUCAUAUUUAAUGAAUGAAUAUAUAAAUAUUUUUGUAUUACAUGUCGCUGUAAAAAGGGUAUUUUUGGAGUUGUUGAAAUUUAUGACUUAUUUCACAUUUACUAAUGAAGUUACCGCAAAAUUAUCCAUACACACGAAACACCAUGAUAUAUACAUGUAUACCUAGUGUGUUUUUUGCAGUGACUUUUUUCUCACUUGAUUGCACUUAAGUCAAGCAAAUAUGCAGGAUGUAUACAGGGUAAUUUUCAUGAUUUUUGUAAUAUUUUUUGUAUUUUUUUUUAACAAAUUCAACACAACUAAACAAAACUGAAGUUAUGUUACAUCACAUGCGCAGCAAUCACAAAAACCACAAUUUUAUCAACUGCACAAUUUUGUAAAAAAAAAUGACAUGUGUUUGAUGAAAUCUAUAUAGAGUAUUCACAAUAGACUUAAAGCAUAAUUUGUUGAAGUAAAGUUUUUUUUUAGAAGUUCUGCUGUGCAUGUUAACAGUUAUACGGCAUUCAAAGUAUUAUGAAAAAGCUUUUCUGUAUUUUUAUGCAAAACGUUUGAGUUGUGGAGUUUGUGCAAUUUUUUAAUCAAAAGCAUAAUAUUUCUUUUAGAGCAAUAAUUUGCCUACAUGGUAAAACACAGCAACACACUGGCUUUGGGUAGAGAGCUUAUUCCGUCUUUGCGUAUUGCAGAGUUAUCUGCUCUUGAGAGCAGGUAUUGAUUGUUACGUCAUUUGUUUGUGAGAGAAACGUCAUCAGUUUUUGAGAA